CGAGGAGCAGGCGGCGAGACGGCAGCAGAAGUGAUGAUGAGGUGGAAUCGUCUGCGGACGGAGACGAGGCGGAAGGGCAGGUGGAGUUGGAUGCGUGUCCUCCUCGACCUCAGCGCGUUCAAUUUCACUUCUUGUCCCGGCCACACCAAGAGCAUCAAGACACAGGCAAGAUCGAUUCAAUACGCUCGGCGCUGAUGCCCUAUGCGGUACCAUUGACUACCGAUGACCGCAAGGUGCUGAGGCCCAUAGAGCGCAAUCCGUGGAACAGGCUGCAUAGCAUCGAUGAGGAUGCUCGCUGGGUGCAACAAGUCGUCACCGAGGUGCUUCGACCACGCCUGCCCGUCGUAGCCAAUCUGCGCUGCGGUGCGUGGUACGUCCCGUCUCCUCCUGAUGGGGCAAGGAGGCCUUUCUGCUACUUCAAGUCGACUGAUGGCCACGCAGGCGAAUGGUCCUUCAGCCUCAAGAGGCCCAACCUGGAGAUGCUGCAUUUGAUUCAGGCUCAAGGUGGAGCAGUCAUCGUCGACUCAACAAGGAGAGGCAAGUCAAUGCCUGAUGCGCUGAGCAAAACGAUUCCUAUAUGGUGCGCAGUCAUGAAUGAGGCGUCGACAAGGAGGCACGGCCAGCCGUCCAAGCUGGCAGACGAGGCGCCGCUUCCCUGGCCGUGCCGCAGCUUCAACCGUGGCAGCACGGGGCUGUUGACGCCUGCUCAUCAGGUUCCGCCUAGCGAACAUGCUCAGAUGGAGGAGCGCUUCGAGGGAUGGAUUGCAAGCCUGCUCGCUUCCGACCUGCCCAUUCUCAAACUCGACCGGCCGCUCGUGCCGUACUUCCUAACUCGCAGAGAAGAGGACCAUAGCCGCAGCGACAGAGCGGAGCUGCCUUCUACCGGUCUCCCUGUCAUCCUCAUCUCGGCCUCACGCAGGGUGGAGGCACCCACGCCCAGCGACGAUGGAUCCUACUACUAUACGCAAGGUAGCGGAGACGAUGAAGAGGCAUGGUCGCGCGGUCUGACACCAGACCUCUUCUGGCAGGAGCGUGAGAUGCUCCUGCGGUGCCGCAGAGAGGAGCUAGCAGGAAUGAUUGCGGAGAUCGUGCGUGGACGAACGGAGCGAUGUAGUAAGCAGAGGGCCAGCGACGUUCAAAUCAAAGGGACGAAGAUCACCCUUGGGAUCAGAGACGAACGGCAUGCCUUCAACGCAGAAGAGCGUGGGCGGUAUGCGCUGCUGAUUCACUGCAAUGGCAGCUUUGAGGAAGAGGAGCCGCCUUCAGUAGUCGUGAACUUCAAGAUACCACCCGGCAAAGCUGGUCUCAGCGCUCUCCGCAGCGGACUCAGUCAAGUCGUCGACACCGGCCGCGCGCCAACUAAUGGGGACAUCCUGAUCAUCGAUACGACAUUCAGCGAUGCGUUGCUAGCCUUUGCGGUCGCUCUUCUGGCCAGCCUCUACACAAGCGGGCGUCAAAGAGUCGCAGACGUCGCCGCACAUUGCCUCACGCUGAGCAAGGAUGACGUGCGGCGGAGGCUACAAUGGGUCCAGCACGAUCUGCCUGGCGCCAAUCCGAGCAGGGCAGCAAUGCAGCGCGUAGACGAAGUGGUCCUCCGCAGGCCAGGUGGAUCAGUAGGGACAGGCAGUGUGCAGGCAGAUGGCGUCCAGGUGGAUCAUACAUGA